AUGUCGGUGUCGACGGGAAUUCGCGUUGGCCUGAACAAGGGUUUCCUUGUGACCAAGCGGGAGACGCCUGCGCGCCCUUCUCGCAGAAAGGGAAAGAAGACAACUCGUGUGCAGGCAAUCAGGGAAAUCAUUCGCCAAGUUGCAGGGUUCGCCCCUUACGAGCGUCGUGUGUUGGAUCUGAUCAAGAUCGGCACCGCAGCCACCACCAAGCGCGCUCUGAAGUUCGCCAAGAAGCGCCUCGGCACCCACAAGAGGGGGAAGGCAAAGCGUGAGGAACUCACAAACGUUGCAGCCGCCAUGAAGAAGAAGGCUGCCGCAUGA